CGCGGGCCGCACAGCACAGCACACAGCACACGGCCCGAUGGUGUGAGGAUGGCGGGGCAGGACGUGAGCGGCGGCUUGCGGGACGCGCUCAUAGAGAACCUCAACAACAUCCUUUCACCGCAGGCAGAAGUGCGGCGGGCGGCUGAGGAGCAGAUCCAUGUGUUAGAAGUGACGGAGGAGUUUGGUGUGCUGCUGGUGGAGUUGACCCUCGACCGCAGUGGUCCACUUCCAAUCCGCCAGCUUGCCUCGGUGCUCCUCAAGCAGUAUGUGGAGGCUCACUGGUGCACAGAGUCAGACAAGUUCCGUGUGCCGGUGUGUCCCGAGCAUGCCAAGGCCAAGAUCCGAGAGCUGCUGCCCCAUGGCCUGCAUGAACCAAUCAGCAAAGUGCGGUCCUCAGUGGCCUAUGCAAUCUCUGCCAUCGCUCAUUGGGACUGGCCGGACCAAUGGUGUGGCCUGUUUGAUCUCCUGAUGGCGGCCCUCAAGACAGGCCAGGAGGCGCCGGUGCACGGGGCCAUGCGGGUCCUGACAGAAUUCUCCCGAGACCUGACAGACCAGCAUAUCCACCAGGUGGCGCCCGUCAUCUUGCCGGAGAUGUACCGAAUAUUCUGUGAAGAGGAGAAGUACGGCAUCAGGACCAGAGGGCGGGCAGUGGAGAUCUUCAGCACCCUGGCCAACCUGAUCUGCAUGAUGGGGGAGUACAACCGCAGCCUGGCCAAGAACCUCCUCUACCCCAACUUGCCGGCGUUCACUCAGGCUCUGGUCAAGGGACUCCAGGUUCCCGAUGGCUUCACCUCAGACUCCGGCCUCAAGAAGGAGAUACUUAGUGCCCUCACCGUCCUGAUGAAGAACGUGCCCAAGCAGAUGGGGCAGUACCUGGGGGAGGUGCUGGGGCCCGUGUGGCAGACUCUCACCACCAGCGCUGAGACCUAUGUCAACACCACCGUCAAUGCCAGGGAGGACGCAGAUGACCCUGUCGACUCGGACGGGGAGGUGCUUGGCUUUGAGAAUCUGGUGUUCACGAUCUUUGAGUUUGUGCACGCGCUAGUGGAGACGACCAAACACAAGCAGCUGGUGAGGCGCGGUGUGGCUGAUCUUGUCUACUUCCUGCUCCUCUACAUGCAGAUGACAGAAGACCAGAUUGAGAACUGGAGCAACAACCCUGAUGCCUUCGUGGAGGAUGAGGACGAGGACAGCUUUGCCUACUCUGUCAGAAUAUCAGCCCAGGACCUCCUAUUGGCAUUGUGUCAGGAGCUUGCUGAAGAGUGUGGGCAGGGUCUAGUGGUGGCCGUGGGAAGACACCUGGAGAGAGCAGCUGGGCAGAGAGCGGCUGGUGACCCUGCCUGGUGGAAGACUCAUGAGGCUGUCAUGCUUGCCUUGGGGUCAGUUCGGGACCUCAUUCUGGACCAGGUCGCCAAGGGUCAACUCCAGUUCGAUGUGACCCACUUCAUCCAAUCAGUGGUGCUGGCUGACCUUGACCCAAACUUGUCUCCCUUCCUGGCGGGGCGAGCACUGUGGUGUGGCAGCAGGUUUGGUCAGGCAGUCACUGAGGAAAUGCUAGACCGCUUCCUGCAGGCCACAGUGUCAGCCCUCAACCACAGCCCUAGCCCCAUCAUCCGAGUGUCUGGCGUGAGGGCCGUGUGGGGCUUCUGCGACUACCUCAAGGGAAGUGGGCGGCCGGGAGCACUGCAGGCGUACCUCCCAGCGAUCCUAGACGGCCUUGUUAAUCUGGCCACUCAAGCGUCCUCUGAGGUGCUGUCUCUCAUUCUGGAGACAUGCUGUACUGUGGUGUCUGUGGAUGCAAGCUUCACUGCAGCCAACGUGGGUCGCAUCUCCACCCUGUGUCUGGCUGUGUUCAUCAAGGCUAACAAUGACCCGGUGUUGGUGGCGCUGGUGCAGGAUGUGGUGAGGGAGCUGUGUGCUAGUCCUGCCUGCUCCACCACACUGCAGACCAAGUUUAUCCCCACCCUGGCAUCCAUACUCAAUGCUUCCACUGAUAAGGUGCCGCCGGGCAUGCAGGCGGUGGCGCUGGACAUGCUGGAGGUGAUGGUACGGUCGUCAACACCACCACUCGGGGAGCAGCUGGUGGGUGUGGCCUUCCCUGCCGUGCUGCAGCGGACACUCAACACUGAUGACAACUCCACCUUGCAGAAUGGUGGAGAGUGUCUGCGUGCAUAUGUGUCUGUGGCGCCAGAACAGGUGAUAGCGUACCGUGAUGCCGAGGGACGGUCAGGCCUGGAGUAUGUAGUGCAGGUCGCCACACAGCUCCUCUCCCCAGCCACCAGCGAACACACAGCCACUUUUGUUGGUCGACUCAUCACCGCCCUCAUCAGGCACACCGGCGACCACCUCGGCGACAACCUCGACCUGCUCCUGCGUGCCGUCCUUAGCAAACUGCAGGGAGCGGAGAGCCUGACAGUGGUGCAGAACCUGGUGUUGGUGUAUGCCCAGCUGGUGCACUCACAGCUGGAGGGCGUCCUCACCUUCCUGGCUGGAGUGCCGGGUCCGUCUGGCCAGUCAGCGCUGCAUUUCGUCCUGACCCAGUGGUGCUCCAAGCAACAUCUCUUCUUUGGUGCCUAUGAAGAAAAGGUGAGUGCUGUGGCGCUGGCUAAGCUGCUGGAGCAUGGAGUGACAGCAAAUGACACAAGGCUGCAGGGAAUCAUUGUGCAGGGAGACCAGGUGUUCUCCCCCGAGGCACGCAUGAGGACCCGUUCCCAGCGCGUUGCCCAUGCAGAGCAGUGGACGCAGGUUCCUGUCUUGAUCAAAAUUUUCAAACUUCUCAUCAAUGAACUCGCCAAUGCCAUCGACGCAAACAUGGCCAAGGAUGAGGAGGAGGAGAGUGAGGACGAGUGUUGGGAGGACGAGGAUGAGGACGGACACGCCAAUGGUGAUGGGACGCUUGCCUCUAUGUUUGCUCCGUGCAGCGCCUUCCCUGGCUAUGACGCAGACACUGUGGACGACGAGGAAGACCCUGAUGCUGUGAAUGACCCCCUGUACAGCCUUGACCUGCAGCAGUACCUCACUAACUUCAUCACCACCUUCGCCCAGCACCCUGCCUUCCCCGCCUGCGUGCCUCACCUCAACCCACAUGAGCAGGAGGUUCUGCAGGGCAUCGGUGUCCAGUGCUGAGGUGCCGAGUGAGACUGGGGCGCCGCUGGGCUGCAGCGAGUGUUGGUGUCCUGUUCUGUUGUGGUAGUGAUGGACGGAUGGGAGGCAAGAGAUUGAGACAGUGGGUGAAGUGCCUGGGACCAUGUUUUGAAAUACUUGUGGCUGCACCUCUGCUACUUCCAAGGGCUCUGGCUGAAGUUGCACAGGUUUUCAAGGCUGUUUUUUUUAUUCUGAUGAAGUAAACAUUCUACAUUAUUAAUGGAAGAAACCUUGAGAACAAGGCUGAUCAACUGUGCGUCCCUUGAAAGUUGCCACAGUGAGAGCAAAGUGUUUCAGAAUAAUGGUCUUGGUUGGGUGGGGACAUUUGACACAUGGAGAGCCCAGGGAGUGAUGCACCCACUGCCACUACAGUGGGUGGUGGUGCCAGGCCAGUCACAAGGGCAUUAAGGCAUUAGGCAGUGGCUGGUGGUUGGUGGCUGUGCUGCUGCUAGGCUGAUCCCAUCAAUGCAUGUAAUGUAUCAACGCCUCAGAUGAACUCAAGAUGCUCGGUGAGAUGUGCAGAGCAAAAUGUUCUCGAACACUGCCCACACCACCAUUACUUGCUUAAGGCUUCACUUGAAGUUAAAACAAAAUUUAACAAAAUUUCUUGAAUAUUAACAAGAGAAACUCUUGAAUGCCCAGCCAGUCAUCUCAUGACCUUUGGAAAUAGUGGUGGUGAGCGAGCAGUGUUUUUAAUCGUGGAUUAGAGAGCUGAGGGACAGGAGCUGGCCACCACCUGCUGCCCUGCCACCACAUGAUAGGCAGCUGGAGGUGGCACACCUGGCACUGGCACUCCACCACAGGCAAGGGAGAGGAGAGACAUUCCUGCCACUGCUGCUGGUCUGCACUGAGGGGCGCUCUGUUGGUCUGUCACGGCAACCUGCCAUUCUGGGAUCUGGCGGAGAGGUUUUGCUCAUAAGGCAUAGGAUGAAGUGCAAAGCAUUUCUUAUACGCUGAAAACUGUGAUGAUAACCAAUAAUAAGGGCUUGAGGAUAACUUUUAAGAUAUUUAUUUGUACUUGCAUGGACUGAGGCCACGACAGACAAACAGACAGACAGACGUGGGGUGAGCCUUCCAAGCAUGUACCAGGCCAGGGGUUGUGUGGAUGUGUGGAGCUGCAGCCAACACACAGAGGGUGAGGGUGAAGGUGAGGGUGGAGGGGAUGGAGGCAAAGUCCUGUGGUGCUGCAGUGGCUUCAUCAAUGCAACUCUUAGUUAAGUGUAAGCAUUGGUCACCUCCACAGCCGCUGAUGUUGGUCUGUGUCAAAUUUAGCAAGAGUAGCUGAUGCUUCUGGUAGCUUUCAUAAUGAACAAAAGACAGUCUUUACUCCUUAUCUCUGUAGUGAGUCACACACUGGUGGUAUCAAGUGGAGUCCUGAGUCCUGGCCUGCCCAACAAGUGUCUGCAACCUCUGAGAUAAUUUUUCCAAACCUUGAGCAUUUACACGAGACAAAACAUUUCAAUAGCAUCUACUUGUGCUGUGUCAGUCACGGUCAUGAUAUCUAUUAACGUCCGCACGGCGAGUUGUUCCAAGGGUGAGGGAGAAAGUAGCUCUGUUGUGAGGGUGUGGUGUUGGUCUUAGGGAAAUGGGAAGAGCUUGAGCUGGACUUUGGAGAUGAAGAGGAGCUGUUCAGAGCUCUUCUCCAAUUCACCAAAGAUAAAGCACUUGUCACAGCAUAUUGUUGUGGAGUGGAGUGGAGUGUACACUGGUCCCAUCUUGGUGGAGGAGAGAGAUACAUUUCAUCCUCAAGAUGUUACAUCAGUGUGGGCUUGAAGGAAUCAUCCAUACUGCCUGCUGUGUGCCCUCCAUUCUGGGCCAGCUGGAGGCCCACAAAUGGCACCUUCACAGUUCACAAACUUCAGGCAUGUCCACACUAUCAGACGUGUCUGCUUGGGCAAACAAGUGAUACCAGUUCUGGAUCUAUUAUACACAAGCCCGGAAGCCGAGUCACAGGCAUGAAGGCGACAUCAAAAGUGAGAAAAUGGCAAAUAAACAUGAAGAGGCAGCUGCCUAUGAGUGAGCUUGCAUAAAACACGAGAAACUGCCUGGACUGGUAAGUGGAGCGUUUAGUCUUAUAACUCAGGGUUCUUAAGAAGAAGGUUGAGAACCCCUGCUGUAAGUCUUUUGCUUGAUGAACAAGUAGAGAUUGUGGGCUAUGCUACAUCUUGUAAACCUGUUUGUUACCAGAUCCUUGCCUGAAUUGUUUCCACUUUUGACGUCAUCAUCCCUCAUUCUCACUACCCAUUAUGAUCUGGUAUCAGUGUUUGCCUGUGUGGGCAUGAUGGCCAAUAGUGUGGAUGCACCUUUAGGGGAUGAGGUGAACAUGCACCAUUAAAAACUACACCUUGAGUUUGUGUAGACAGUCAUAUGCAUACACAGCACAGCAUCACUUCAGUGCUAUCUAUUUUGGGCCAGCAAGAGGCUCAGACAACAUCACACAGCAUGUAACAGUUCACACAUUAAGGUGAGGUGAGGCAGAUAUGCAGCAUUACCAACUAACUGUAUGCAGUUAGUUGGUUAUGAAUGUGCAGGAGUGCCUGGCUGCAUAUCUCAGCUAUUAUACAAUAAUCAUCAAUAUUGUCAUCAGGGACUUGCAGGAACCCUUGCAACUCUGCUACUUCAGGGAGAUGUGUGUGUGUGUGUGUGUGUGUGUGUGUGUGUGGCCUCCUUAUACAUGCCAUGCAUCCCUGAGCUUGCAGGGAUCUCCAUGCACCUCCAUCUUCCUCUUCCUGUAAUUCUAUGCUUUAAAGUGACGAUGGUGUCCUAGUGUGGCGUGCUUACAUGUAUAAUAUUAAUAACAGUUUUAAUAAUAAUGGUAAUAAUUAUAAUAAUGGGGAUAUUUAGUAUUUUCAUAAUGGUUAUUUUUUGAGGAGCCAGACGAGCAACCGGUGAAGAGAGCCGUGCUCCCGGAGAGGAUUUAUACGACUUUUGUUAAUGUGACAGACAGACUCACUCCUACUACAGAGGUAUAGUAAUUAUGUGACCUAUUUUUAUAUUGCUUGUUAACUCUGAAAAGUGUCUAUGGUUCAAGUAUAAGCUUGUAACACUGGAGAGGAUUCUUCCUUUGUAUGGCCACUUUAUAAAUAUACAUGUAAAGAGUC